GAUUUAAUCAAAAAAGUCCCCAAAAGUCACACGAGCUCCAGGCUAGCUGAAAACGCUGCUGCAAGGGAUUCAAAGGCAUCAAUAGCGCCAAUGGGAGAGCACAACGGCUAGCUUCAAGAGGAACAACAAUGCUAUGGCAGACAUUUUUCUCAGUGAGAAAGAUGCCAGUCAUUACAAGAGGGUGCUGGUCAGAUAUGAGGCUCUGCUCUCCUCUCCUGCUCUGCCUGGCAGCAGCUCUGUCCUCUGCCUAUGUGAUCACACAUCACCACCAUCAUCAUCAUGACAGCAUGUGGACCAAACUGAUCCUGACACACCACUGGCCAAGCACGUUCUGUAGUAUGGAACACUGUAAGUCAAACAUAAGCUACUGGACGCUUCAUGGACUCUGGCCAGAUAAAGGGAUCGAUUGCAAUUCAUCAUGGCAUUUCAACUCCUCUAAAAUACAGGAUUUGCUUCCAGACAUGAGAAUGAGUUGGCCCGACUUGAUCAAACCUACAUCUGAUGAAUUCUGGAAGUAUGAGUGGCACAAACAUGGAACAUGUGCAGCCAAAGCAGAUUCUCUAAAUACUCAACAUAAAUACUUCAGCAAGGCCCUGGAUCUGUAUCAUAAAGUGGAUUUGGACAAAAUCCUGAGAAAGUUCAACAUCACACCUUCAGAAGAUUACUACAAAUUGUCACAAAUCGAGGAUGCCAUAGAGAAGUUCUACAGCGUCAAACCGAAGAUCCAAUGUGCCCACAGAUCAAGGAGGGAUGAUGUCCAGGUUUUGGGGCAGAUUGAGAUCUGUUUCGACCCUGACUUCAACCUGCUCGACUGUGAGAAACAUUUCACCAAAGACACAAUAUCCAAGGGACACAGGAACCAUCUCAUGGAUGUUGAAAGACCGUCUGGGUUCAAUGUGUGUCAGCAUGAUAUGCCUGUUUACUACCCCCCUCUCUCAAAAAAGACAUAAUCAUACAAAACAAAAUGCUGUACACCACACCCAUAUUCUUACAUCCUUAAAUGCACACACAUCUUCUUUGUUUACCAAUCAGCUGUACUGUACUUUUACUGUACUGUACUUCACACACUAAUAAUAGUUUUAAUCUCUCAGACUUUACAAUGAAAUUUCAAUAAUAGAGAGUGUCUUAAUAGUCUCAAAUAGUUUAAUUCUAGCACAGCAUUAACUCUUCCUGUAAAUUCUGGCCAUGAGAGGUGCUUGGAUAACAACCACCUUUAAUUGCAAUGAUAGUUUAAGAUCCAAGACACCCAAACACUCCUUUACCACCAAGUGCUUUAAUGGGAUUACAAGCCUUUCCGAUCCUUAGUAAUGAAUCGGUCCGAUAGUGCACAGCCUUUUUUUCCACAGCUUAACACGGGGGCAUCAUGGCAAGUUCAGGUCAGACAGGCAAGCAAACAGGCAGCUUAGUGUGAUUGUUUGGCAAAUGAGUGAAGACUUGCCGUUUUCAUGGGUGGCUCUUACUUAAUGCUGAGAUUUUGUCAAACUGUGGAGCUCAAUUUAUGACUCUGCUGGCUAUAUUUUAUUCCACAGUUGUUUGUCUUCACUGUAUACCACUUGUUGAGUGGCACCUAUUUAAAGCAAAGCUGAUAGGAGUUUUAGGAAAACACUUUUUGAGACUACUAUAAACAUACGUUUUUGAAUGUUAAUCAUUACAUAAAUUAUUUUUUAAAAACUGCCUAGUUUUAAACAUCUUUAGGAGCAAGGGGUCAACUCUCAACCACUGCUACUCUGCAUUAACAUGAUUUGCUUUAUGGAGGAAUUUAAUAUUCAGAUGUUUGCUAAGAACAUAAUCAUUAUUCCAUCUUGUGCUUAGAUUUUUCUCUAUGUCUGAAAUGCUGAAAGAGAACUUUAAGUCAGUUUGCAGAGCAGGAAUCAAAUACACUGUAAAUUAUGUAUAGACUUCAAAAAGUAAAUGCAGGUUAUGGUGUGUGCCAGAUGGCAAUUCUUUGUUAGUUUUACAUUCAAGGAGACAUAUCACACUCAUUAGUCAUAGUUUGUUUACAGUUUUUACUGCUCUAGUGCUAAACUGCUUGUUUCUCAAAGAUGUAGCAAAUGUUUUAACAAUAUUUAAUUCCAACUCAAUUUGUACAGUGAUUUUUAAAUGCAUUGCUUCUGUUUGGCUGUCUAUUUUGUGCUAAAUAAAUGAAUUCAAAUGAUCACUGUUAUUAAAGCUAUACUUGAAAAAUUAUACAAUAUGAAAUGUCUGUAAUGAGUAUUUGUACUGUCAUUUUUCAAUGUCAAUAAACAUUAAAUAUAU